GCUCUGUAGCUGUCAAGUUGGUCAGCUGUUCUUAGGAUUUCCGGGGGAGAGCGAUGAUGGCCUAAUACUUGCGUUAUCAGCAGAGGUGAACGUGAUCCAAGCGGCUUUUAUAAAGAAGGAGAAAUGGGUUAGAAGGCUGUGCCAACUCAAAUUUGUAAACAAAUGCGCCGGGGACAUCAUAUCUUCAAGCAAACAUCAACUUCAUUAGAGUAGGCUGUACCUGCUUCUACCGGUAGCCUGGCAUAUCAAGUGCAGCGAGCCUGGCCUGCCGAGAGAUGAGAGCUAGUAGUUUAUCUCCAAUGAUAAAAUUAUAAUCUUCUGCCUAGCCUUUGGUGCAUGUGGACACGUGGUCUAUUUCCUAAGACAGAUAAGGCCAAGCACUAGUUAACUACAAGAAAUCUGCCAUUUCUGAAGCUCUGGCCCAGCCGCCUAACUACCCUAUUUCUAAGCUAGGUAAUAAACAGCCAAACAAAAUGACGGCUACUACAAAUGAAACGGGCAGUGGUUUCCUCAGAACACGUCUCCGAUCUGCCCUUCACACCUCCAAUGAUUUGCUCUCUGGGAUUUCUUCAAACAUAUCUUCCAGGCUGUCUGUCUUUUCAGUAGCUUCAGCAAAUUCAAAUGCUUCCUCAGAACGCACACCACAGCCUGAGAAACCACCUAGUACCCCUCCUUUACAGUUGCCCCCAAGCCCUGAAGAAAGUCAUCGGUCUCCUACUAUGAAAGAAAUGAUUAAGGAAACUUUCAAGCUCGAGAACCUGAAGGAGUUUCGACCAACAUUAGAGGAACUGAUGCAGUCUGAAUCAUCAUCUGAACCUUCUACUCUUCCUACGAACACUCCAGAGUCACCAAAGACUGGCUUUAAAUAUCAUUUCAAAAAUCACUUCAAUCAAGCAAUCCCAAAAAAACUUGUAGACUAUAAGCAACUGGCAAUGAGAACUUUAAGUGGGGAGACUGAGGAACAGCAAGCUGUGAACUGUGCCAUUAAUGUGGAGUACGUUGAUGAGAAGAAAGAGACAGGUGAGGCAAAAGAUGGUGAAGCAAAGGAUGGUGUUGAGGGAGCCAGUACGUGCGUGUCCUCUCGUUCUUUUAAUUCAAUCCACUCCCUACAUGCGACAGGACCCGAUCCUUAUGAUAAACUACGAUAUAGGCCAGAAAUUAUUAGUAGUGGAUCUCCAAGUGAGGGUGAGGGGUUGGGUCAUUCGACUAGUCUUGAUUCAACCGAUUCAGAUCCUCACAAAAAGUUAUGGAUAAGAUCAGGAUCUCAGACUUCACUGCAGUCAUGGGCUUCAAGCUUGUCAUAUGAUAGUCAAGCAGAUGACACUAAUGAACCAAAGGAAUUCAUGCGGAAGUUCGUUGAAGAAGUGUUUAAAACACCACAUACAGUUGAUGUUGACAGGAAAGCUCGGUUUGGAGAGCUAGCUCAGCAAGAGCAUGGAAGAUUAUGGUUUGCCCGUUGUAUCAAUGCCAAGAGAUGUUGCAAGAAUGUCAGUGAAGCCACUUUCUUCUCUCUAGUGCAGCAUUUUUCUGUCAUGUUGUUUGAGUGUUUUGAAGCUGAUGAUUUCUCUCCAGCCAAGAGUCUUAUGAAUAUGUGCUUUACUUAUUAUCAUGAAACUACCACACCUGGUGGACAAACUCGUCGUAAAGAAUUCUUGUAUGCCUACCUCCGACAACAACCUAUUUGGCAGUCGAUACGCUUCUGGAAUGCAGCCUUUUUUGAUGCCCUCCAAUGCGAACGUUCCCUUCGACCUGUUGUAACCCGGGAAGAAGUGGAAAAUAACCGAUUACAGGCUGUUACUGAUGAACUACAUUACCAAGAAAAUAUCACCUUUGGACAACUUGGAACAUUUACUUGCAAUAUGCAUGCAUUUGGCCUGUCAAAAGAAAUGGUGAACGAGUUCCUCCGCAAACAAGUUACUAUUGCCAGCCUCAGACCAGAUCAAGUAAAACUUCUCCGUGAUAAUGUGGAGAGGAUGUUUAGUGCAAAGCAAGAGUGGCAGUAAAGUUCUGGGUGGAACUUCUUGCAGUAUACCUGAAGGUGAAGUAACACUCAUCCAGUUGAGGUAUGUAUACCAAGUGUUCCCCUUGAAGAGGUACAGACAGUCCAAAAAAGAAAAAUUAAACCCCAGAAACUAAAUCAGUCUAAUAUUGUACUGACAUAUUGCAAACUGUGUAUAAAGUACUGUAAUUCAAAUUAUCACAAACAUCCAUCGGAAUUUGUCUUGAAUGAUAUGCAGUAUAAGAGCCUUAAAGAGUUCUGUUGUCAUUAGGGGUUCUUUGUUUACAGUGGUAAGAAUUCAGGCUUGUUUGGAAAUGAAACUGUCUUAAGUACUGUGUUGCGUGCCUUGUAGGAGUUUUGUACCGAGGUUAUGGUAUGUAGAGUCCAACAUCUUGAUCCAUGCCAGAUUUUCCAUUGCUAGACAUGGCUCAUAACAUUCAAUAGUUCUUCAAUAGUUCUUGAUUAUUCAGGUCAAUUCAUGGGUUUGACUGUAAAUGAGAGGUCCUUUAAGAGUCCCUGUCCCUCCCAGUACUGGUGAUAUUAAUGUGAUACUUAUUUUGAAACCCAUGGAUUAUACAUAGCUAUUAGGUGCUACAAAAUUUAGUGAUACAUGAAGAAGCACAUGUAUGUAUGUAUGUAUAUUCAAUAAUGUAGUGUGAAUUCUUUUGUUAUUGGGUAUGGCAUUGUGAUCUGCAAGUAAGGUCUGAGAAUAUUUUAACUGCUUAACAAUCAGUGAAAUAUUGUUGAGACAGAUACUGAAUUGAGUUUGUUAAUGUAUGUUGAGCAUAGAAAUAUAGGUAUCCAAAUAUGGUAUUAUCGUGACAUUUACUAUGAUGACACUUUCAGAUUAGCAACAUACCUUUAUCUUUUGAUACUUGUACAUUACUUAAAGAAGCGAUAAUGCAUUUGCAACAGUAUUAAAAUUAAUAUUAAUAGGAUAUAUAUUAAAUGUAGUAAGUAAAACCAAGUUAUGUUUGCACUUUAAAUCCACCUCAGUUUAAAUGGUUUUUAUUUAAAAUUUCAUUCUAUUUUUGUACAUGAAUUUAUAGAUGUAGGGUCCCAAUUAUAAUUUAUAAACUGUGUAUUAAGAAAGCAGACAUGAUGCUUAAAAUGAUUCUGUUUGCUGGAUUGACUUAUUUUCUAUAUGAUUUAUUUUAAUUUCAGUUUUAAGUGAAAUUCAUUUGGUUAAUAGACUAAAUAUGAGAGAACCUAUUAUAAUCAUGUUUUGGGCAUGAUUUGAAUUCAGUAUCUUGGUUUUAGAAUUGUUAAGCUGAAUGUAUAAUUCAGUAUUAUAUAUGUAGAUAAUCUCAGUAACUUUGUCAUACAGUGAAUUGUUUGUAACAGUUUUUUGUAUGACAAAGUAAUCUUGACUGUUAUCCUAUUUACUUAAAAUUAAAGAGUUACAUUUUUCUAAUUAGCAUAUUCUACAAAUAUCCGGUGGCUAUGCAUUUUUCUAAACUAAUAAAGGGAUUUUGACGUAGGAAAAAUCUAUUUCUGGGCUCAGCCGUGUCGCUCGAUUGAAGAUAGGAAAGUAAGAUUUAGAGCUGGAAGGUCUGCAGUAAGAUUAAUUUUGUAUGAAGCAGCAGGAUGUGUGGAAGAUGUGUAAAUGUCACCAGACCUUUUGCAAAUGUUUAUUGAUAACCCCACUUUCAAGUAAGCAAGCAGAUUGAUUGGUGCCUGCCAAUUAGUACAGUUUUAUUAUACACUAUCCACAACAGUGAAACUACCAUUUCUGUGUUUUGGUAUCAUGAAUUGCAUCAGGAAAAAAAAAAAAACUGACCAAUCCCCACCUCCAGUGAAUGUUAGGAGUAUUAUCAUCCUUCAUUAUGUUAUUCUCUACAGCACACAUUUUACAAAUCAGUAUUGGAGCAGGUGUGUUGUGUAUAUGGUUUUGAAUAGAAACCCUUACAAGGAGAAGUUAUGUUUUUGUCACUCAUAAAUUUCAGUAUGUUUCACAUAAAUUGCUUUCUUUCUGCAAUAAUUGUAUGAAAGAUGGUUCCUUCCCUAAAGUUUCAAAACUGGUGAUCCUUGUUUGCCCAGAUUUUAAAGCAUCCAUUUGUAUAGGAUGACUGAAAGAUACAACUUAAUGUAUUUCACAUAAUUUUUAAGCAAGUGUUGCAUGUAGUCUGACCAUCUACAUAUUGUAUGGUUACUUGAUGUUAGUGACUUCAGAAACACUUUAUUUCACAAAAAUAAUUUACCUAGGUUAAUCUGUAUAAAAUAACAUCAAAGCACAAAUUAAAUCAGUUUUAGUGAACAACUUGGUGAGAAACAUGAUAAAGAGUAAUUUUAUAGAUAAGCUAUUAUUACAGUAAAAUCUGACAAAGUAUUAAUAGUAUUCUUAAUGUUGUGUAUGCUGUG